AUGAAUCGUGUCGCGUGGUUGACGUGUGCGCUUCUCUCAGUCGUCGGCGCGCGUAUCUACGAGCGCUGUGAGUUAGCUCGCGAAUUAGAAUCACUUGGAGUGCACCCUGAUGACAUCUCAACCUGGGUGUGCAUCGCCUACCACGAAUCACGCUUCGACACCGCUGCCAACAACCCUCAUAGCGGCGACCAUGGCAUCUUUCAAAUCAGUCAACUCUAUUGGUGCGGACCCGGCAAGGCGUGCGGGCUGCCAUGCUCUGCAUUACGUGACGAAGACAUCUCCGAUGAUCUCGAGUGCGCGUUGAUAGUGCACGAGGAGCACACUCGCCUGCAGGGUAACGGAUUCCUGGCAUGGGUAGUGUAUCCACAACAUUGCAAACAUAACACUAAGAAAUAUCUCGUGGACUGUGAUACUAAUGUGAAGAGUUCAGUGCCUAUUACAAGAUCUCGAGGUUAUAAUAAUUACGUGGACAGUUACGACGAGCGAAAUGUUACGACAUUCCGACAAAAUACAAAUAACGCUUUGCCCUCGUUUCUAUCGAUUGCAGCUAUCGUUAGAGAAAAUUAUGGAAGAAUAUCCGAUCCAAGCAGAGGACGUUUAGAUUGGACUGAUUAUAAAAUUGACAAUAUUGAUGAAUUGAAACUGCCGGUAUUAAACCAACCAUCGCAACAUAUCAACGUUCCACCCACGACGUAUGCACCACGUCCCACCACCACCACGACAACAACUACUACGACGUAUAUACCGCCCGUGAAGCCGUGGAGGACGAUCGAAACUAAUCAGUUCAGGAAGAAACAUCGUAAUGGUGAUAUCCAAAAGACUACAAAAUAUUACGAUAUCGAAUACGAUAGAUAUUAUACACAGAGCACGGCGUCGGUUGCAGCUACCGCUCGUCCAAUAUUCUUUGCCUCAAGCACGGCAGUACGUAAUGUGACUACUACUACUACUACUACUACAACUACGCUAAGACCUACGACAAAGAGCACCACUGUCACUACAACCACUUGGAGACCACCGACUACUACCACUACCUACCGACCACCGACUACUACCAAUACAUACCGACCACCAACUACCACUACUUACCGACCGCCUACUACCACUACUUACCGACCGCCGACUACCACGACCACAUACCGGCCUCCUACCACCACGUACCGUGCACCCACUUCUACAACCACCAGAGCACCAUCCACUACGACAACAUACCGGCCUAUAACUUCAUCAACAUAUUCUUACAAAUUUCCAUCUUCUACAACAACAAUCAGGACACUGAGUCCUUUCUCAUAUAAAUUCCCUGCUUUUACGUCAACGAUUAGGCCAUCUUCUUCAUCGGCGAAAACGACAUGGAAUUGGCGUUUUACUACGACCACACCGAAACCAAGCACUACUUCGAUAGCUCCUCGAGUAGUUACCACUACUUACAAACCUGUGACGACUACCACUCAGAGACCGGCCACACGUACAACAGCUGCAUCAACAACAGCAAGAACGCCGUGGACUUGGCCAGCAUUUACACAGAGAUCCACCACAAGUAAAGAAACGACAACAAAACCCAAAACAGACUUCUCAUGGUACACGUUCACAUCACGAACAUCAACAACGCCAGCGACGACGAAACUGCAGACUGUUUCAACUAAAACCACACCGUUUUCAUUCUGGACAAAAGCACCGAGCACACUAGCAAACACAACCCAGGACAGAACUACUAAAACAUCAACUUACUCAACAGUGAAACUUCAAACUACAACAACACAGAAACCGACAACACAGUCAAUAUUCGACCUGUACUUGAAUCCUACGAAACGACCGCAGUUACCCAGUUAUAGUUUCAGUUGGGGUCAACCCAAGCUGCAAAUCUUUGGCAGUGGCACCACAACGGCCGCGACAGUGUCACGAGGACAAUACCAACACAAUAAAAACACGUGA